AUGGGAAGGGAGAAGUUCAAGUUGAGAACAGGCAAUUUGGGCGACGUUUACGAGGACCGAGCCUGUGGCGCUGCUGUCAAGAAGCUUCCAGCCCUAGCUAGUAGAGCUUAG